UGUAGGCGAGUGAGUCACGUGUGGCGCAGCUCGCGCAUCGCACGUCGCCUGGCUGUUGACUGUUGAUCUGAUUUGAUCUUCACCGCUUCAUGGUUUCCAAACAGCUUUCCCAUUAAAAACCCGACCGAAGAAUGAGCGACAACGAUGACAUCGAGGUUGACAGUGACGAAGAAUCGCCGAGGUUUCAUUCUGUGGCAGACAAACGAGCUCAUCACAAUGCACUGGAGCGCAAACGCAGGGACCACAUCAAAGACAGCUUUCACAGCCUCCGAGACUCUGUGCCCGCCUUACAGGGGGAAAAGGCCUCCCGAGCUCAAAUCCUAGACAAAGCCACAGAGUACAUCCAGUUCAUGAGACGGAAAAACCACACGCACCAGCAGGACAUCGACGACCUGAAGCGACAGAACGCUCUGCUGGAACAGCAAGUUCGAGCACUGGAGAAGGUGAAGGGGACCACACAGCUGCAGGGCGGCUACUCCUCCUCAGACAGCAGCCUGUACACGAACCCUAAAGGCAGCGCCGUGUCGGCCUUCGACGGCGGCUCCGACUCCAGCUCCGAGUCAGAACCCGAGGAGCCGCCCACGAGGAAGAAGCUCCGCCAGGAGGCCAGCUAAGAGCAGCACCUCCUCCCGCUCUUCCAGCUUCUCCUCCGCUGCUCCCUCUUCCUCAGUGUGCACCAAUCAGAGACUCCACAACUUCCUGUUUCGUGUCUUUUACAGGCUUCCCAGAUGCCGGCCCACACCCUGACCCAGAACCAGACCCAGUCCCAGAACCAGAACCAGAACCAGACCCACACCCAGGGAGCUAGGAGAGAAGGACUCGUAGCACACGUCUCUCUCUCCUCCGUCCUCCCUCCGUCUCUCUCUCGGGCCGGCUCAGCAGUAACAAGCAGCAUCUCAAACCUACAACGAGGCAGCUUCGUGAUUUACGGACUUGGCGCUUCUUCCGUACGUCCGUCCGUCGGUACGACGUGGCGAAGGAAGCGUACAGCUCCGGGCACUGCUCAAUGUUUCCUUUUGUGUUCUCUUUUUGUUAUAUAUGUUUUUAAAAAAAAAUCAUCAUAAUCUAAGUACUUACCCUUAAUGUGACUGUUCCAAAGGAGCAGUUCAUCUUUCUAAAUAUUUGUACUUUUCCACAAAAGAAUGUGAGCGUACGCGAACGCCGUUAUUCCGAACGCAGACCGAUCGAAUCUGAUCAAAUCGCUGAUAAAUUUGGUUUAAAAAAAAAAUUAAACAAAUGUUCUUAGAGUUGUUGUGUUUUAGCGUGAAUUAGUGAGUGAGUUUAGAUAGCUGAAAGUUUUUUUUAUAUAAAGGAAUACAUUAAUUUAUAUUCUCCCCUAUAUAUAUAUAUUAUACAUACUGGGUUUUGUACUUUUCAUUCAAUUUUGAGGAAAUUAAUUUAAUAAAAUGUUUUUUUUGUUGUUUUUUUUUCCCCACCACAGUUCAGAAAAUGUUAAAAGAGGUCCACCUCUUCAGGGAAAACAAAAUGUACAUGCUGAUUGAUUUUUAAUUCCCAUCCACUCCUUUUAAAUUUUGCGUGUUUAUAAGUUUUGUGUAAGUAUAUAUUUUAUCCAUUUUUCCCCUCAUAGCACAUACUUCAAUAGCUCUUUCCACAGAAUCCAUUCCACGGAAAAGACCGGUAUGUCGUACAUACUGCCAAUACAUCGUCUUGCAAAUUGAGGCCUACCUUUAACUACGAGACUAUAAAUAAACAAACUAUUUUAUCCUUUU